AUGGGUGCGCCACCAGCAAAGAAGCCGUUAGUGAACAAGAAUCUUAUAUCCUUGAAAAUUGUGCUCUUCCUGUUCUACGGAGCCCUAGGAUGUCUUCAUCCAUACAUCCAGAAGCAUAUGACCCUGACCGGGUUGAAUUACUACGAGUCGCAGCUGGUGACGUUGAUUGCACCGUUGGUAGCGAUACUGGGACCGUUGAUAAUUGCACCGCUGGUCGAUCGAUUGGCAGGACGUGCCGGGGCAUCGUUCGGUAAGCGAUUGCGCUUGCUGGCUGCACUCUGCAUGAUUCUAUCCGUGGUGCUCUACUCGGUGCUGUUUUUUGUCGUUCCACGUGUGGAACGGCAAGAAUCAAGCCGCUCGGAGGUGAGCUUUGCCUGUGACUAUGAUGGUGCCAUCAUCUUCCAGCAGCGAUGCAGUGAGGAACGCACCUGCUAUCAGUGGAAACGCGAGAAGAUUGGCCACCUGACGCUUACGAACUGUUCCUACACCUGCCAGAAACCGGUCGAGUUUGAGAAUCUUAACCACCCGUACACGAAAGGACUAAUUUUGCCUUCGUCCACCGAAAGUUCGCUGGAGGAUGAAGAUUACGAUCUGAACGAUGAACCACUGCCCGCACCGGAGAAUAUAAGACAGGAGCCGAAAAUACAGGUAGACAACACACCGAUCCCGGUACCGCACAUCUGCGAGCAUAAGGGUGAUCCGGAGAAGGAACUGUGCCAUGCAUAUACAUCGGCAGCCGAAUCGUUAAAGCUGGCAACGGUCCUGCGUAGUGCGGUGAAUGAGGAGAAUGAAACGCACAGUGCUGAGUGGUGUCGCUAUCCGCUGGAUGGGUUUUCCUGCGAUAUACCGGAGAAGCAAAUCAUCUGGAUGAAGUUGUUGACCAACUCGUCCAACUGUACGCCGAAGGUUGAGUGUGAGGUGCACAAUCCUUACGAUGAUGAGGAGAGCGUUCUUUCCGAGAGUGUAUGCAUGAGAAUUGUUGGAGAUCCUGAGGUAACUUUCUGGUCGUAUCUCGUCCUGAGAUCGUUCGGAGAUGCAUUCCUGCUUGCCGUUAUUGUACUGCUGAAUGCGGCCACCAUCAUUGCAACACGCGAAACUUCAACCGGUCGGGGUGACUUCGGUCGACAGAUUGUCUGGGGUGCGAUUGGGUGGGCGAUUUCGUACUUUGCUCUUGGAUGGUUCCUCGAGACGUACUACGGAUACGUUGGUUUGGCACUGUUGGCCGCUUUGGUGCUGCUGGUAUCAUCCGGUAUGCCUCUAACACCGCCCGAGAUGUGGUGGCACACUAAGUGCGGUAUGGUCGCUAUCCCAAUGUCCGCUAUUCGUCGGUACGGUCCCGAGUCGGCCGGCCUCUGUUUGGUCACGUUGAUCCUCGGUACCUUCUGGGCCGUUCUCGAUAACUACGAAGGUGUGCUGGUGAAGACGUACGACAUACAUCCACCGGCGGACAGUUACUAUGGUGAGGUGUGGAGCGCUUUCGUCAUACUCGGCGCAUUGCUCACCAUCCCGACCCUGUGGUACGCGGAGAAGAUUGUCGAUUUCUGUGGCCACUCCAACAUUCUGAUUACCGGCAUUACGACGUUCAUUUUCCGCUUUUCACUGCUCGCUACGACGGAAGCGGCAUGGUGGCGUGUGAUUAUCGAUUUCCUGUACCCAGUCACGCUCGGACUUACCUGGCUGACGAUCGUGUUCUACAUGCGUCACAUUAUGCCGCGCCGUAUCAUCACCACCGGUCAGGCAUUGCCCGUCAUCUUCCAUUUCUGUCUUGGCCGCUUUCUCGGUGCACUGAUCGGCAUGUGGACGAACAUUGAUGAUCUGAUCGUUAGCUUCCAGGCGCUAGCGAUCAGCGCUUGUAUUAUCUCCGUGCUGUACUUCUUGCUGUACCAUCUCGUGCUUGCUCCACGUUGUGCCGCUCGGCUGCAUCACGAACCGUCUGCAUCGGCCCUGAACAUUACGGCGCCUGAGCCGGGCAAUGGACAUACCCAGCAACAGCAGCAGCAGACACCACUGGCACAACCCGUCCAGACAAAUGGUAGCUACCAGCCACUCCGGAUCUAUCACAACUACCGUGGACGGAAGGGUCACUUCCGCUACUAAUCAGCUGUUAAUAAGCAGCCGUUACAAAAAAAGGCUCCGAGCUUUACUAGUCCUGUUUA